UCAGUCAGCUGCAGACUUUCUGUGAGCGUGGAGUGGGUUGUCGGGAUGAUUUCUAAAAUAGGUGUAGCAGUCGCCUUCUUUAUGUGUUUUGAUCUUUGCAUUUCUGAAAUCUACGUUUUGGAUGAUGAAGUCGGAUUAGGAAGGGUGUUUGACGGUAUAGGAGGUUUGAGUGGUGGAGGGGCUACAUCUCGUCUGCUUGUCGAUUAUGCAGAACCCUACCGCAGCCAGAUAUUGGACUACCUCUUCAAGCCACAGUUCGGGGCUUCUCUACACAUCCUUAAAGUGGAGAUUGGAGGUGAUGCCCAGACCACAGAUGGAACGGAACCGUCUCAUAUGCAUUAUGAAAGUGAUACAAACUUCUUCCGGGGUUAUGAAUGGUGGCUGAUGAAGGAAGCCAAGAAGAGGAACCCAAACAUCACUCUCAUAGGCUUGCCGUGGGCUUUCCCGGGUUGGGUUGGACGUGGGAAGAACUGGCCGUACGAAUUUCCAGAUAUUACUGCUUCCUAUGUGGUGUCCUGGGUUGUUGGAGCCAAGCAGUACCAUGACCUGGAUAUUGAUUAUGUCGGGAUUUGGAAUGAACGGAGCUUUGACAGUAACUACAUCAAGGUGCUCCGAAACACUUUGGAUAAAAUCGGUCUCACUGGUGUGGGCAUCAUCGCCGCUGACGGCAACUGGGACGUUUCCAAAGACAUGGAUGUUGACCCAUACCUCAAAGAUGCUGUUGAGGUGAUAGGGGCCCACUAUCCAGGCACCACCACGAUAGCUGAGGCCCUGAAAUCCCAGAAGACGCUGUGGUCGUCUGAAGAUUACAGCACCUUCAACGACCCGGUGGGGGGAGGCUGUUGGGCCCGUAUUCUCAACCAGAACUAUGUCAACGGACACAUGACCGCCACCAUCUCUUGGAACCUAGUAGCCAGUUACUAUGAGGAUCUUCCGUUUGGACGAGACGGCCUAAUGACAGCAGAGGAACCCUGGUCUGGGAACUAUGUGGUGGAAUCACCCAUCUGGAUAACCGCACACACCACUCAGUUUAGCCAGCCUGGAUGGACCUAUCUGAAGACUGUUGGGCAUCUAACACAUGGUGGAAGUUAUGUCGCCCUGACUGACAGCGAAGGAAACCUCACUGUGGUCAUAGAGACAAUGACACAUGACCAUUCUGUGUGCAUCAGACCUCCACUCCCAGCCUUCAGUGUUACGCCCCAGAAUGUAUCAUUUAAACUCAAUGGAUCUUUUGCCUCGAUCAGGGAACUACAGUUGUGGCAGUCUAAGUUUGACUUCAAGAGACAAAAGCACGUCUUCUUCAAGAAACUGAGCCCGAUAAAGAUUUCCAAUGGUUCCUUCUCUUUGAGUCUCGAUGUUGACGAGGUUUACACUUUGACCACAAUAAACACAGGGCAGAAAGGGAGUUAUCCAGAUCCACCCCCUUCUGCACCAUUCCCUAAAAUCUACAAAGACGAUUUUAAUAUUGCCAACCCUCCCUUCUCUGAGGCCCCAUACUUUGCUGAUCAGACAGGGGUGUUUGAGUACAACAUGAACUUGACAGAUCCUGGUCCCCAUGUCUUCACCCUGCGGCAAGUAGUCACACAGAUGCCUGUUACCUGGACAAUGGACGCCGACCAGACCAUCAGUGUCAUCGGAGAUUAUAAUUGGCAGAACCUGACCGUGACGUGUGACGUCUUCAUGGAGUCUGUGAAGACUGGAGGAGUGUUUAUCGCAGCCAGAGUUGACAAAGGAGGCCAGGAUGUCCGUGGUGCCAAGGGAGUCUUCUUUUGGGUUUUUGCAGAUGGCUCCUACAAAGUCACCAAUGACCUUGUUGGAAGUACUGUUUUGGCCAAGGGUCUGUCUGGAACGGGUGCAUACAGCUGGUACACAUUGUCCCUCACAGUCCAGGGGCAAUAUGCUACAGGGAUGGUGAAUGGAGAGCAACUAUGGAAGAAUGAUGUAGUGUUGGGACAAAAUAAUGGUUGGGCUGCCAUUGGAACAAACUCCUUUGAACUGGCACAGUUUGACAACUUUGUUAUAGAGGUGAAAUAAUGUGUGUAAUGAAAUCUCAUUGACCAAUAUGCCUUGGACCAGACAUUCAUUUGGCACCUGCAGGUACCUCAUUGGCUGUGUUUACACAGGCAGACUUAUUCUGAAGAAUAUCACAAAUGAAUGGAAUCAGAAAUUCCUAUGUCUUAACAAGACAUUGCUGCUAUGUGGUUGUGUCAAUUUAUACAAUUCUGACAGUGGAUUUUCACUAAUGCUGUUUCAAAAGGGAAUAACAGUUAUUUUUUUUGUCUUUGAAAGUCGAUGCACUGAAGAAAAAUAAUUGCAAUGACUGUGAUUGUAAAGUAUGACAAGUUUUCAAUAAAGAUCGUUUUAAGCGUU